CUCUGUUUUGAUUCAACCAUGGAGCAAACCAUCUGUCUGUGUAUUAUAUUGACUUUGAAACCAGAACAUAAACCGAAAGGGCCAUUUUUAAGGAGCGCCGAUCUUUAACUGUAGCAGACAGAUGCUUCCCUGCUGUAUUCAUGUACUACACAGUUACAUUUUAUCGUGUGAAUAUAAUUUGAAACUUCAGACUGAUUUGCAAACGUUGUCUGAAGACUCAGCACAAUUGCUGGCAUGCAGAAUGCAAACCCAAUAGAGGAGGCGGGAGGCGACACAUCCUGUGAUGUGCCCUGUCUCCAGAAACUUGACUCCCCAACAGGGAGCCCUCCCAAACAAGCCUCUCUCGCAGAUAUGAUUGAGUUUGAGAAUUGUGUUUCCAAUCUCAGCCUUGCACAUGAGAUAGUGAUGAACAGAGACUUCAGCUUCAGACAGAACAGCCCCCCCAAAGACAGCUUGCAAGGGAGAAUAUCUGACAUAGUUCACAGUGCUUUCUGGGACUGUCUUCGUGAGCAGCUUUCAUGCAGCCCUCCAGACUAUGUCCAUGCUGUCAUUCUGCUCCAAGAGGUGAAAACUACCGUGCUGUCCCUGCUCCUGCCUGGCCACGUGCGUCUGAAGGCCCAGGUGGAGGAGGUUCUGGACCUGGAGCUGAUCCAGCAGCAGGCAGAUCACGGGGCCCUGGACCUGCAAAGAUUGUCAGGCUACAUCAUCAAUACCAUGGCCUCCCUGUGUGCCCCUGUACGGGACCCAGAGAUCAAGACAUUACGGGAUCUUUCGGACCCAGUGGAGCUCCUCAGGGAGAUCUUCAGAGUCCUUGGCCUGAUGAAGACAGACAUGGUCAACUUCACUGUACAGAGCCUCAGACCUAAUCUUCUUCAGCAGGCGGUCCAAUACGAGCAGGCCAAGUUCCAGGAGGUCCUGGAGAAGCAGCCUGACUUCCUGGACAAGACCACCGUUUGGCUUCAGGUGGCAGCACGAGAGGAGGCAUUGGUCAGUGCCCAGUCUGACCUUGACACUGGGACUCCCAAGCCACGUGGUCCAUUAAGUCCUACUGCCGUCCUGAACAGGGCUUACCUGCAACUGCUGAGCUGGGACCCCCAUGACCAGAACUACCCUGAGACAGUUCUGAUGGACAGAGCCCGCAUAGAUGCACUGGGGCAGAGGCUGAGUCUGCUGGUUCUUGAGGCAUCAGUUCUGCUGUUGACUAGCACACAGUGUGGGGCCGCUGUUUUCUCUCUGCAGGGGUUUGUAGGUAAACUCAAGCAGACCAUCACUGCCCUGCUGGAGGGCAGUCACAACAGGGACUUUGACCUGCAGGGGGCGUUGCUGGGGCUGAGGGAGCAGGUUCUGGUGCAGGUGAAGGAGGCUCUGAUCAUCCAGGAAGGACCAGCGCUGCCUCAGGACAGUGAAGAUUUGCUUAAGGGACAGAUCUCAGACCUGGCCAAGGACAACAACCCCAUCCACACACUCAUAGGAGAAAGAGUGCAGGGCUACCUCCAGGCCAUGCUAGAGGGAGGCCCCACUAAAAAGAGUCCGUCCAUGCCCCCUGCCCUGAGGCUGCUGAGUGCUGAGGUGGCAGAACUGGGAAUGGCCUUUGGGCGAAUAGUCCAUUUCAACCGCUCAGUUUUCGGCCCCUUCUACGUCCCCAUCCUAAGGAAGAUGCUGUUUCCAUCGGGAGAGGCCGAGAUGGGAGAGGACUCCCGCUAGUCCCCCGAACACCUCCGGUCCCCUGCAUAAGCUGCCAUUCAACAUUUACACAAUGUAGAGCAGGGUUCCCAAACUGGCGACCCGCGGGCCAAAUCUGGCACGCCAACAAUAUUAUUUGGCUCCCCCAAAGACCCCCAAAUUAAAUGUUAAUAUUUUUUAAAUAAAAAAAAUGUAUACAAAUCUCGGAUCCGAUAUGCAAAACCCCCCAAAUGCAAUGUCCCAAGAAGGAAGUUACCCUACCUAAAUAAUGCAAAAGUUAAGUUUUAACUUCAUUCAUGAGGAGAGAGAAUGCAGGAGACAGUCAACUAAUAAAGCUGGCAACGACCAUUUUGUGGUGCUGAAACUUAAAGCUGCAACCACAGCACAAUCAAUAGGAGGUGAACAGCACCUGGUGCUGAAAAUAUAGCUAACCUGUUAUGCAAGUGUUGCACAACGACAGAUGGAGAAAACCUACACCAGUCGAGUAAUUCAUUUCAACAAUAAUCUUCAUUUUAAUUUGACUUUACAAACAAGAAGAGGGCUUAAUUGUCUUCUGAGCCAAGGCCUACAUAAAAUAACAACUGGCUGUGGUAUGCCAUAAGGCUUAACAGCAUCUUUCACAAGAAAAAAUUAUAUGGCCGAUGCCAUUUAGGUUCGAUGCUGUGAUGCUCAUUUGCAGGGGAUACCCCACCGGGUGGAGGGGAAAUUGGUGGAAGACCUCCUGCAAUGAGAUCAAGGUCAGGUCAUUUGACCUCACUCAUCCAGCCACUCGGGUCAUGUGACAGUGUUGAUGCCCAUUCUGUGUUUUAUAUAUAUAAAAUGCACAUUUAAAAAAAAAUCUAAAAAUGUUGUCCACGUCCAAGACUGCAGCCAUGAGUUCAGUUAUUGAAAUUCUGGCAUUAUGAGACGCGUAUUAAAAAAUAAAUAUGCACAAAAAAAAUCAUUCCAAAGACAGUUUCAGAAGUGGGAUUUAAUUUUUUUUUUUUUACAAGGUCUCCUUACAAUUGCAACUGGGCAAAAAUGGAGCAUCCUAGAUAAAACAAUAAUUUAAAGAAAAAAAGGUGAAUGUCUAUCAGGACAGCCUGCUCCUAUAACGACAGAACAAACAGAUAAUACUGUCAGCUUGAGACCUAAAUAUCCCUGGAUAAGCACACAAUAAUGUUAGUAUUUACUAAGUACAGUCAUAUAGGCCACUAAGUUACUCACUCAAUGGGAAAUGUUGCAUUUCCCCUCAAUCUUAUGGAUGUCACGUGAGAUGGAUGUGAUUUUGAUGCGCAGGCAGUCAACAAUUGACUUGUGUGAAAGCCGGUUCCUGUCCUGAGUCUAUAUUGCAUUCAUAGAGGAAAAUGAGGACUCGCAGGAUUAAGUCGAUCCAAACAUUGUUAGCACAUGAAAUGCACGUUUCUUUAUUGGCUGUAUUCCUGAGCAUGCCACCCAAAACGCACACAAGGACUCGGUACCCCUGAGCGCAUCCCUGAUUUGGCUUGAUGUCUGUAAUUCAAUCAGCUCAGUUUGAAUUGCGGCCUAAUUUUUUAAAUUUAAACUUUAUGUAACUAGGCAAGUCAGUUAAGAACAAAUUCUUAUUUACAAUGACGGCCUACCAAGACCAAACCCGGACGACGCUGGGCCAAUUGUGCGCCACCCUAUGGGGCUUCCAAUCACGGCCAGAUGUGAUUCAGCCUGGAUUCGAACCAGGGACUGUAGUGACACCUCUUGCACUGAGAUGCAGUGCCUUAGACUGCUGCUCCACUCAGGAGCCCAAUCCAGUGAGGGUAUUGUUUUCUUAGCAAGGGAGGAGUGUUCUCCACCUGGGCAGACUGUGAGAGGAGCACGUACAAACGCAAUGAUAUCCAUGGGCAUUCCGUAGUCUUCAAAUCUGGUGGAGGAGUUGUCAGCCAAAGAAGCAGUUUAUGUAGCUUGCAGUUAAAGCUUAAAUGUUUCUGCGUAGGGCCUCUGUCUCAGGCGGGAAGACCACCUUAAAAGUUCCAUGCUUAGAUUCAUAAUAACGUAUGAGAUUAAAUGAUUUGCAAACAGCAACAUUUUCAUUUCAAAUAAGACACACUGGCUUGGCAUUGGGAAAAUAUGGUAAGAUGAAUGCAAUCUCUUUGUACAUUUUCCCUGAUACUUAUUGAGAGCAACAUGUUGAUGUUAAAAAAUAUUAGUGUAGGCUACAGUGAACCUGUUUUUCCCCACCAAUCAACACAGUGAAAUAGACAAAAAUAAUAACUGAAUAGAGACAUGGUGAUUUUAUGAGCGUAAUCAGAUCAAAAUUAUUAUAAUUGUCACAGAAUGUAUUAUGUACUGAUCAGAUGUGUUAAAAAUGUUGUUCAAUUUGUAGUGUAGGCCAAUUAGGCCGCUGACUAUUAGCUCAGAGACAAAUUGGGCCAAGGGCCAAACCUAGUUGACGAGCCCUGAUGUAGAGUGUUUAUACUGUAUAUUUAGAUUUUAGAAUACUGCUCAAAAAAAUAAAGGCAACACUUAAACAACACAAUGUAACUCCAAGUCAGUCACACUUCUGUGAAAUCAAACUGUCCACUUAGGAAGCAGCACUGAUUGACAGGUAGAAAUGAUAGGCAAUUAGCAAGACACCGCAGGUGGUGACCACAGACCACUUCUCAGUUCCUAUGCUUCCUGGCUGAUGUUUUGGUCACUUUUGAAUGCUGGCGGUGCUUUCAUACUAGUGGUAGCAUGAGACGGAGUCUACAACCCACACAAGUGGCUCAGGUAGUGCAGCUCAUCCAGGAUGGCACGUCAAUGCGAGCUGUGGCAAGAAGGUUUGCUGUGUCUGUCAGCGUAGUGUCCAGAGCAUGGAGGCGCUACCAGGAGAUAGGCCAGUACAUCAGGAGACGUGGAGGAGGCCGUAGGAGGGCAACAACCCAGCAGCAGGACCGCUACCUCCGCCUUUGUGCAAGGAGGAGCAGGAGGAGCACUGCCAGAGCCCUGCAAAAUGACCUCCAGCAGGCCACAAAUGUGCAUGUGUCUGCUCAAAUGGUCAGAAACAAGACUCCAUGAGGGUGGUAUGAGGGCCCGACGUCCACAGGUGGGGGUUGAGCUUACAGCCCAACACCGUGCAGGACGUUUGGCAUUUGCCAGAGAACACCAAGAUUGGCAAAUUCGCCACUGGCACCCUGUGCUCUUCACAGAUGAAAGCAGGUUCACACUGAGCACAUGUGACAGAGUCUGGAGACACCAUGGAUAACGUUCUGCUGCCUGCAACAUCCUCCAGCAUGACCGGUUUGGCGGUGGGUCAGUCAUGGUGUGGGGUGGCAUUUCUUUGGGGGGCCGCACAGCCCUCUAUGUGCUCGCCAGAGGUAGCCUGACUGCCAUUAGGUACCGAGAUUAGAUCCUCAGACCCCAUGUGAGACCAUGGGGUAUGCUGGUGCGGUUGGCCCUGGGUUCCUCCUAAUGCAAGACAAUGCUAGACCUCAUGUGGCUGGAGUGUGUCAGCAGUUCCUGCAAGAGGAAGGCAUUGAUGCUAUGGACUGGCCCGCCCGUUCCCCAGACCUGAAUCCAAUUGAGCACAUCUGGGACAUCAUGUCUCGCUCCAUCCACCAACGUUGCACCACAGACUGUCCAGGAGUUGGCGGAUGCUUUAGUCCAGGUCUGGGAGGAGAUCCAUCAGGAGACCAUCCGCCACCUCAUCAGGAGCAUGCCCGGGCGUUGUAGGGAGGUCAUACAGGCACGUGGAGGCCACACACACUACUGAGCCUCAUUUUGACCUGUUUUAAGGACAUUAUAUCAAAAUUGGAUCAGCCUGUAGUGUGGUUUUCCACUUUAAUUUUGAGUGUGUCUCCAAAUCCAGACCUCCAUGGGUUGAUAAAUUUGAUUUCCAUUGAUAAUUUUUGUGUGAUUUUGUUGUCAGCACAUUCAACUAUGUAAAUAAAAAAGUAUUUAAUAAGAAUAUUUCAUUCAUUCAGAUCUAGGAUGUGUUAUUUUAGUGUUCCCUUUCUUUUUUUGAGCAGUGUAUAUACAUUAGUAACGUUUGUUAAACCAAAAACAGGCCAUCAGAUAAGUAGAAUAUAUGAAGGUCAUAUAAAGAAGAAUCAUACUGGAAUAUAUUUUCCUCAGGACACAUAUAAUAUUUGUUGUCGCAACCAUUGUGAUAAUCGUUUCACUAAUAUCUAGAGUUUGCAUGUAUGUCAGCUUGAAUUGAUUAUUUGUGCAUUAGCUAGAGAUUGUUGUGUACAGUAAGUUUAUUGAAUGGUAUGUACUGUAUAAUUUAAAGCACUUACCAAAGAUAUGUAUGCACUUUUUAACUAUUUAAAAUACAUCUAUAUUUUAAUAUUUUGGAACUGUACAUUAAAUAAUGUGUGAAAUUUG